AUGUGUGAUGACUUCACGAUAUCGUAUAAUAUUCCUUCUUGCCAAAACGCAUGGGGAGUGUUACGGUCAACUUGUAGUGAAACGGUUCAUCACAUUGGUUGUGAAUGUAUCAUGUUUGGCACUGGAAAAGAUAACCAUGUCAGUCUCGUACAUCCGCUUGUCUCGGAAUUACACUGUUUCAUCAUGCUCGAUCCUGAUGGGGCAGUGUGGCUCUGUGACACAAGUGAACAGGGUACGCUACUCAACGGGUCUCGUUUAUUGAAAAAUGACCAAGCAAAGCUCAGCAGUGGAGAUUCUUUCCAUUUGUCCGUCGAUGCAGCAGAUUCAUCCCCAAAUGUGGGAUUUAUUCUCGAAUUGAUGGGGAACGUCAAUCUCGUCGAAUCCGAAACCACAAGCAGCCCUAGACUACGAAUAAAAAAACCACCACCAGCCGCUUCUUCUAUUCUCACCAGCUCAGUAUUGACCGAUUCGGGCGUUGAGAAUUGUUUGACUUGUGUUAUAUGUGGCAAUAUUUUUUUUGAAUGUUGGGAUAUCUUUUUGUCACCUCACUGCUUUCAGCCUUCAGCCUUGUCUCCACAGCUUCUGUACAUUAUGUUGGUUACAAUGGAGACAGGUCAGAAACAUCUGUCCUGUGGUAAGUGCCGUCAACCAGCGACUGGUUAUGGCAAGAACCACCAACUGAACCAGCUGACAGAACUGUAUUUGAAGCAGAAUCCAGGUAUGGCACACGAAACAUGUGCUUGUUGCGGUGCCAUUAUUCCGAAGUAUCAGCGCGAUUCGCUUGAAGAGAAUAAAGUUGAAUGUGAAGGCUGUGGGCGUUCUUAUUGCAACCUCAUUGCACCCAGCGGAUGUUCUGCCUGCAUGAACGAUUGUCUCACUCCAAUCAGCCGUUUGGCGGAGGUUGACGAAUUACCUCUGGAUGUGUUGUUGGGAAACCACAGUGAGACGCGUAUUUUGAAGGACUAUCUCAGUGAGCGUGCUAUUUCGAAUACUCAGUUCAGGGCACGAUGUUUGAAUUAUUUGGAUGCGAACAUGUUCCCUGGUCGUGUAGCCACAUUGAACACACUCGUCUGUCGCGAUUGCGGCGCCCGAUGUUUAUCCCACAUGGUCUAUCAAUGCCGGGCGGCUAUACCCUCCUCAGAAUUUCCCGAGGCAGUAAAUUCACGACCGAAUUGCUACUACGGACGGUUCUGUCGUACCCAGCGGACUAACGCUAUGCACGCAGUGCGAUACAAUCACAUAUGCGAACAAACUCGAUUCUAAUUGAACACAAUCCAGUUUCUGUGCUAUCUACUCCCAACCACACGCCCUUGGUUUUUUUCUAUCCACAGUCAGUGACUGAAAGCCCAGACUUGCGGACACGAUCCACCAACUCAUCGUUUGCUAUCUCAGUCAUGACGGAUCGUCGUGAACGUUUUUAUGCAUCUGUGCUGGUUCCCGCUUAGAUCUAUUCUUUAUAUGACUGAAGUUAAAGACGAUGAAUCUUCACAAAAAGAGCUGAGAAGAAACCAAUUAUGUGAUAACUUUUUUAUUCAGCUAACCAAUAUUUUUCUGCAUGCGUGAUUUACACAUCAGAAUCCUGAA